AUGUCCAUGAUUGACGAGGGUGCUAAUUCGGCAGCCUGGUCGCCAACCAGUGAAGGUUUUGGUGUGGUUAUAAUGCAUCAACUGCACUGCGUGCUUGUCAUCAAACACUCCCUUAUCGCAUUAAAACACAACUAUCCUGGAAGCGAAGUACCGCCGGAGUGUCAUCUACACCAUUGCAUGGAAAUCCUUCGACGGGCUAUCAUGUGCCACGGCGAUCUUUCUCUACAAAAGCCUCAUCCCUAUGAGAAUACACAGGUUUUAUCUGGGUUCGGAAACGUCCACCUUUGUCGCGAUUGGAUUACAGUUCAUCAAGCGGUUUUGGCAAAGAGGAUUGCAAGGCUAAAGAAUGGAAGUGGAAUAUCAAUCCUUUCAGUUGGCCAAGGUUUCAUUCCUAUGAACGUUCUGGCUCUUUACAAGCUGUUGGAAUUAGGCUUACGACGUCUCAAAGAGCAACUUUAA